AUGGACGAGGGCACAAGUAGGAUAUACGCAGGCAUCCAGAGCUCCUAUGCGGAGUGGGAUGAUCUACCAGAGGAUGCCCACCUCCUCUGUCCCAAGGUCAAUGACGCAGAUGACGAGGACUACCAGAGCAAUGGCCCUCCCACGUCGGGUAUCACGGCUAUUGAGAAGGAGCAGAGGAUCAAAGAUGCAAAGCUCCGUAAGGAGCUCACCUAUGACCUCUCUCUCCUGUUGGGCAUAUCGAAAGAACAGUCAGGUGGAUGGCUCGACCACUGGACGGAGAGGGUCGAGUCCUUCCUCACGCGCUGCGAUGGCUGCAUUCUGGGAUAUCACAUGCACCGAAGGGUCUUCUUGAAAAAGCUACGAGAGUCCUUUGAAGAUGGCAUCGACGAUAUCAUGGAGCAGAAACUCCGCCAGUUUGACAAGGCUCGCAUCGAUCGUGGACUAAGAAAAGCAUAUGACAUCUUUGAAGCUAAUGGCGGUCCUAUGAGCCCUGCGAAGCUGGCGCAGCAUGAUGGGUCUGCCAUCUUAGGCCUGUUCGAGGCCAUGUGUUGCAUGCCCUACGUUGCAGAGCCGGCAAACCGACAGCGGUACUUCAACCAGGUGUUUCAGGGCGUGCAGUUGCGAAAGCCACUGAGACUGGGGCCCAAGCUGUUACCGACCAUGACCUUCUUUUUGUUCGAGGAGGACCUGUAUCGUCUGAAAUUUGCAAAACUUGCAUGGGAGGCGGUCCCGCCAGAUUCAAUGACCACCGAUGAGUUCGAGUGGGCGGUAAAUGAAUACCUCGCAGCUGCCAUUCGGGAGGUAAGUCUAGUGGAUGAGUCUGGCACCACGCUGCGCGCCUCCGAAGCGCAGCUUCAACUCUUCUGGGAGGGGUUCCAACUCAUUCUCAACGCGAUGAGUGAAGACAUCAUUCUUCAUUGCCUCCGUGGCAUGGAGAUUCAGACGGAUGUCUAUCACCUCAUCCUCCAGCACUUGCAGCUCUGUAGUUCCGACGAGAUCCUCCUGCUGGUGCUCCAGACCAUCUCCGCGCUCAUGCAAAAGUCUUCCAAGGCUUUCUGGGGAGCAUUACAAGACCUGCCACGUGCCCAGCUGGCACAGUUCGUCUUCUCCAACGCAGCUUUCCCUCGGCUCCUCGAAUCAUCACUUGAGUAUGGUAGACUUGUGCAUGAUGGGGAGGAUCGCGUUCCGUUCCUUGCAAUCUGGGUCAGAACCCUGCUCCAGUCUCUUCAGGAGCACGAACUGCCUGAUACGUGCCAGUCGCUGACAGACCACUUGUUUCCCUCCCGUCCUGACCCGCGCCUCGCCAUAGAAGGUCAGAUGACUCGGACCAUCGCGGGCCUGUACGCGCUGCAUACAGCUUUGAACGUGUUUAAUAACAGCGCGGCUAAAAUCCGUCUGAACUCAUCUGUUACGUACAUCAAUCUUCUCAUCAACCUCGUCGUCAAGUACACCAGGCAGGUUAUCAACCCGGCUGCCGAGAUACGCAAGGACGACAGGUACAACCUUGGGCUGUCAAAGACGGCCGUCGAGGUCAUCAAAGUCGCCCUGCUCCUCGACGCCAAGACAACCCGCACAGAGUGGAUGACCUUGAUGCGAGGGAACAACAAGAUACCGCGCACCGUCCCCAGGAAUUCAGCUCAAUUGUGGGAGGGCUUUCUUGAGAUCUUUUGGCCUGGACGCGAAGGCACAUUGGACCUGGCAAGGUCUAUGAUGAUUGCGGUCCAUCCCCUCAGCGGCGUUGGUCGUUUCCCUCCGCCAAAGCGCGAGCAGCUCAAGGACCCUGACAAGUUACGUUUCAACACGGACAUUGGGAACACCUCGCAGAUGAUCAGUCGUAUGAUCGAACGCCUCAGCGGCUUCACCAUGUCCGACCUUGACAGACUCUGCAGCGAUCCUCAGAGUGGUAUGAUGUAUACCAUCGUGGCAUCGCUCUUGCAUAGUGAAGCCUUGAUCCGCGACUCUGGCGUCUCCUUGAUCAAGACACUCACGGGCGAGAUCAGCCGUUCCGAGGCCGUUGCUCAGAUGGUCCAGGAUAAUUUCCAACACUUCUUGUCCACCUUCUCUGAUGUCGUGCGGCACAUCAGUUACGAUAAUGAGUCGAUGGCUCCUUACGCACCAAUGCCGCAUAUUCUCACUUGCAGUCAGGAUCUUGUCACUGCCCUGUGCGAUACCUCAGGCCUGUUGAGAUCGAAGACGCUUUCGGGCAUCGAACAUGCUGCAGUCACGUCAUGGUGGACGACGCAGUGGAAGAUGAUCGCACACUCUUUCGGGCAUCUGCGGCUCUGGUCAUUGGAUAUGGAGAAGCAAAUCCUGGAGGUCUUUUGCCGGAAGACGAUGGAACUAUCCCAGUCCCUUUUGGCGCAGGAUGGCGUCGUUGCGUCUGCGUUAAGGGGCCAGAUGUCUGAGAGGGAGGCACUGAAAGCUGUCCUCGAACAGCCGCGCAUGAACACCGUCGGCAUGGCGGAUAUGGUCAAGCUGCGUGACCCUUACCUAUUGGACAUUACUGUGCAGACAUUGGUCAAGUUGCUCAAUCGUCUUGCUGAGUUCGACCUGGCAGUCGAAGAGAAGACCGCCUUUCUGAUACGCAAAUCCUGCAUUAUGGGAAAAGACGGCAGAUACGGCGUCAUCACAAACAUGACCGGAUCACAGCGAGCAGAGCUUUUGAAGGCUCUCAGGGAAGAGGAGCAGGAGGAUGAUGACGACAUUCCUGAGGUGAUCAAGGUCAUAGAGAAACCUAUGAAGCAGAGCAGCCUAGAUGCAUGGUCUAAAUCUGGAGCCUCCACACCUCUAUCUCGCUCGGGCUCUUCAACGCCAGCGUCCACAGGUCGCGAUAUCAAGCCCACCACCAAUAAGCUAGAGAACCUACGGCUGGCGAAGGAGAAGCCAAAGCCGAAGCUGUUGAGACCAGAGCCCACCCGCCUCGAUGCAGCUAGUUUUGUUGAGAUGAGGAAAAAGGCCAAGGCUGAGAAGGCAGCCCGUGAUGCUGCAGCGAUCGCUCAGGCCCAAGCUAUCCGUACUGCGCCUGUCGAGGGUUCCGGCUUGAGAGGGGUGACUGGAAUCUUAGGAAAAGACCACGCACCUCAACAAAAGAGCGACAUGAUGGUCGACAGCUCGGAGGAGGAGGACGAGUCCUCAGGCGACGAGGCUGUGGUAUCUGGGAAAUCAAAGCUUGAUCCCGAGGCCCGAAAACGCGCCCUCGAGUUGGCGGCCAAGAAGAUGGGCCCUCUCAAGAAGGAGAAGCUCAAACGCUCUGCCAAGGACAUGCGGGCUCGGCUGAUCCCUCCGAUGGAAGUCCUCCACCAGGCCAUCCUAGAGUGGGAUAUUUUUCACGAAGGAAACGACCCUCCCAACGACAACGCUUGUGUCGAAGUGUCAAACACGUAUAUGACUCACCGCGACUACAAGGCCACUUUCUUUGGGCUGCUGCUCUCUGAGGCGUGGCGGUCUUUUGUCACUGCCAAAGAUGAGACAACGACAAAACCAUUCGGUAUUCGUAUUGUGAAUCGCAUGUCGGUUGACAAAUUCCUUGAGGUCACGACUCUGAUGCCAGCCAAGGAAAACAAAGAUCGAUUCUUGGCCGAAGGCGACAUCAUCAUCAUCUCAAAAUCGGAAGACCCCCUCAAUAGAAAGGAUGUCCCGCACUGUCUUGCUCGGAUCUCAAAGACAAGAUUUAAGGGUGAUAAUCUGGAAGUGGCAUAUCGACUGAGCAGCAGGAACAACGCUAUACUAUCCAUGCUGAACCCAGGUCAGGACUUUAAUGCCAUCAAGAUCACCAACAUGACGACCAUCGAGCGUGAGUACGCAGCUCUCGAGAGCUUGCAAUACUUCGACCUCCUAGACGAAGUACUGGGGGCCAAGCCGUCUCCUCUCUUGACGUAUGGCGAGGAAGCGACCGAUGAGAUCAUGAGGAACUACUCCCUGAACCCUGGUCAAGCAAAGGCUAUUAUGAAUGCCAAAGAUAACGAUGGCUUUACACUCAUUCAAGGCCCACCAGGUACAGGCAAGACGAAGACCAUCGUUGCCAUGGUUGGGGCCCUGCUCACUGGGCACAUUGGUAUGAAGCCUGCUGCGCGACCAGCGGGCCUUGGCGCGCAAACACACCAGCCGCCCCCGGUGAAGAAGCUUCUGGUCUGUGCGCCCAGUAACGCUGCUGUUGACGAACUCGUUCUGCGGCUCAAGCAAGGCGUGACAACACUUAAUGGCGCGCAGCACAAGAUCAAUGUCCUCCGACUGGGACGGUCUGACGCUAUCAAUACCCUGGUCAAGGACGUGACACUCGAUGAGCUCGUCAAGGCAGCCAUGGAGAAUGACGCCAACAAGAGUGGUCCGGGGGCUAGUGAUCGUGAGACGCUGCACCAGCAGGCUGGCGAGAUCAAGACCCAAUUAAAUGACCUUCGCCCGAGGCUGGAAGCCGCUACUUGCGGGACCAACAGGGCCCUGCAGAACGAUCUAAAGCGACAAUUUGAUAUGUUGAAGCAGCGGCAGAGCCAAAUCGGCGCCAAGAUCGACGCACUCAAGGACAGCGGCAACAGCUACGUUCGUGAGAGUGAUGUCAGGCGAAGACGGAUCCAGCAGAAGAUACUGGACGAGGCCCAAGUUCUCUGCGCAACGCUCAGCGGUAGCGGCCACGAAAUGUUCAAGAAUCUGGCUGUCGAGUUCGAGACUGUUAUCAUCGAUGAGGCCGCUCAGUGCGUGGAGCUCUCUGCACUCAUUCCGCUCAAGUAUGGCUGCACCAAAUGUAUUCUCGUUGGUGAUCCAAAACAGCUGCCGCCUACAGUCCUCUCCCAAUCUGCAGCGCGGUUUGGAUACGACCAAAGUUUGUUCGUCCGCAUGCAACGAAACCACCCGCAGCAUGUUCACAUGCUAGACACACAAUACCGUAUGCAUCCGGAGAUCAGCAUGUUCCCGAGUAAAGAGUUCUACGAGGGACGGCUGUACGAUGGUGAUAGCAUGGGCAGCCUUCGUCGCCAGCCUUGGCACGAAAGCAGACUGCUUGGCCCAUAUCACUUCUUCGAUGUGCAGGGUAUUCAAGAGAAGGGUCGGAAGGGGCAGUCUCUUGUCAAUACGAAGGAACUCAAUGUUGCCGUGCAACUUUAUCAUCGCUUUCGUGAGGACUACCGCGAUGUUGAGCUGACAGGCAAGGUUGGCAUCAUCACCCCUUACAAGGCUCAGCUAUUCGCACUGCGAGAGAUUUUUGUGAAGCGCUGGGGCGAAAAGAUUUUUGAGCAGAUCGAAUUCAACACGACCGAUGCAUUUCAGGGCCGGGAAUGCGAGAUCAUCAUCUUCUCUUGCGUGCGGGCCAGUGCCACUGGCGGUAUCGGUUUCAUGACCGAUAUCAGGCGUAUGAACGUCGGUCUCACGCGUGCUAAGUCCUCUCUCUGGAUUUUGGGUGAUUCUAGAGCCCUGAGACAGGGCGAGUUCUGGAAUAAGCUCAUCGAGGAUGCGAGAUUCCGCCAGCGCUACACCAGUGGCGACGUGUUGGCUCUCCUCCGAAAACCCACCGAGAGGGCAUCGGCGACGACCGCGUCGAACGGCUUCAGCAACAGGAAGCCGUCGGACGUGGAGAUGACAGACGCAUCUGCGAUACCGCAACAAACACUCACUUCGGAUCCGCUGUCAUCCAGGGCUGCUGCGCCACCACUACGCUCCAUUGGUGGGUACAACGAGAAGGGCGAGGUUGUCGACACAGUGCCGAGGGGUAUGGGGCCCCCUCAGAUUGGAGACUCCCAUAGGAAGAGGGGUCUGGAGGGUGCAGGCGUCGACCCUCCCCCACCCAAGCGUCCAGUAGGUCAUAACCACUCCCCCCCCCCUCCCACACACAACCAUCUGCCUGCCUUUGAGUUACUGUCCGUCAUCGCUCCCUCCACCAGAGGCUGA